AUGGCAAAUAUUUUCUCCCAUGCUUCCAUUACACCCCACCUCACUGCGCAGCACAACAAGAAGUACGUCAAUUUCCAGCCAAACCAUCGAUACAGUGUCUACAGAUUUCGUUGCAGUGGAGAAAAGUUAAAUCAAACAAGUGAUUCACCAACUGAUAAACAAUCCCAACCUGAAAAGGCACUGCUUAAGGUGGCUUGGUAUAGCUCUGAGCUUCUGGGAAUUGCCACGUCAUUUUUCCGGCCACCAUCGAAAGCCGAAGCUCCUGAAACUGCAGCUCUUGAGCUUGCAAGAGAUGGGUCAGGAGCAGUUGAUCGAGCCAUGGUAGUAAAAUCCAUCAAACAAGACUUUGAAAGAUCAUACUUUGUCACAGGGAACCUUACCCUUGAUGCAUAUGAAGAGGAUUGUGAAUUUGCUGAUCCAGCAAGUUCAUUCAAAGGGCUUCAGCGUUUCAAAAGGAACUGCACAAAUUUUGGGUCCCUUUUAAUGAAGUCCAAUAUGAAGCUCAUGAAGUGGGAAGAUUUUGAGGAUAAAGGAAUUGGUCACUGGAGAUUUAGUUGCAUCUUGUCAUUCCCUUGGAAGCCCAUUCUAUCUGCAAGUGGAUACACAGAGUAUUAUUUUGAUGGACUCUCUGGGAAGGUUUGCAGGCAUGUAGAGCAUUGGAAUGUUCCAAAAAUGGUUUUACUGAAGCAAAUUCUAAAGCCAAGCAGAGGGUUUUGGCUUAAGAAAACAGGUGGCUGA